AUGUCGCACGCGAUGGCUGAGGAAGAGGCACUUUGCCCUGAGCGAGCUGGCGAGCCGCCACGCAAGCCGUCUACCUUCUCAGAACACGUGUCAGCCGCCAUCGGUUCCCGCUCGUACCUCUGGACGGUUACAGCCAUCGCCGGCAUCCUCGUCGUCUCUUCCAUGAUGGCGACGUCGUCGAGGCGCGACGCCAGCGGCGCCGUCCCGCAGUUGGCGGCGCACGGGCACCGGUUGUCCGUGGCCGACGCCGACACCAACCUCGCGGCGCCACUUUCGGACAACAGUGAGGGCCACCGUAGCGACGUCGGGCAGCGAAUGAAUCCGCGGCGAAGCGAGUCCCUCGUGCGAUCCGGCGCUGGACGCGUUCGCAAGGGCGGGCCACGGCGUUCAGGUGCAUCGGCCAAGGACCGUCAGCAGGAUGCCGCCGGCGCGGGCACAGGCGAGCCCGAGUACAUCCGUCAGGUGGAAGGCUGCCGCUCGACGAUGUGUCGCUGGCAAGGCGAGUACUUGAGGGGCAAGCUGGACGAGACCAUCGACCCCUGCAUGGACUUCUACAGCUACGCGUGUCCCAGCCGCUGGUUUCAUCAGGACACCCUCGCAGCCAUGCCCUACAGAGUCUACGCGGCGGGACAGCUCAUGUACCGCCUGGAGAACAUGUUCCACGAGUUCCAUCAGGCAGAGGCCAGCGCGGACGUGAGUAGCCGCAACGCGAGCUUCAUGUCGCGAGCAGCGGACUUCUUCCUGCGCUGCGUCUCCAAGGAGAGAAGCCGAGAACAGUGGCCUGAGCUCGAGGCGCUCUUUCGUCACUAUGGACUCGAAGUAAGGUCAAAGCCACUGAACGUCGCCGUGCAUUCAACUGCCGUUAUAAAUGACUUGUCUCCUGCCCAGAGCUACCCUUACAGAGCAUCGAACGAGGGUUCACCAUCGCCCACUCUGCCCAACCUCACCCGCGUUGUGGGAAUGCUGGACCGCGAGCUCGGCCUGGCGGCCAUCUUCCAACCGUCGCUGACCACGGCGCGUCGGCGCAAACAAGCCAAGAGCGCGGUGCUUUUCAUCGACGCACCGGAGUCCACGCCAUCAAUUCGGCUCAAAGAUGUCCUAGGCAAGGUCGACAAGGAUUAUCUCCUGCGAAAGAUCCUCGCCGGCUUCGCUCUUCUCAAACCGACGUCCAGAAAACUCAAACAGGAAGCUGCGCAGGUGCUAGCCGUGGACGAGGAACUGUCUGCUGUCAUUCAAAUGAGGAACGGUGCGACUUUCGCGGGUCACGCGCCGGUAUCAUCGAUCUCAGCGGAAACACCGGGCAGUGGCCGUUUUCUAAAUGGCGCGCUCAUCAGCGUGAGGAGCCUGGCGAAAGACUACGGCAACGAGGCCUGGUCCUGGGACGAGUACGCACAGAUCUUGCUUGGUGACAUCGCUUUGGGAGAAAAUGCCUCAACUCAACAGCGCGUUCUUGUGCAGGUCGACAGCCCAGAUCAAGUGAAAAAACUAGCGUCGUUGCUCGGCAACCACGAGGCCACCGCAAUGCUCAACUACGUGGCCUUCUCGCUGGCCGUGUUUUUGUCGCCCGCUUUGCCCCAUGGAGGAAUUGCGCAAGAACUGCUCACUCUGAGCCACGGGGAGCACGUACCUCAGGUGCCUGAAGAGCUGCAGUCGUGUGUUCACCUGCUGGCCAGAACGUACCGCUACGGCACCCUGUCCCUCGCCCGCCAUGCAGUCAGUCGCGACACCAGCGAAGGAAACAGCUACAAGUACGAGGGCGACAUGCGAGCUCUGGUAGACGGAGCGCGAGAGCAGGUGUCCGCCCUGCUGCGCAACCACACUGAGGGGAUGACGUCCGCCGAGCUGUGGACGGCGCUGCAGAGGCUCGACACAUUGCGCGUAGUCUUCCUCGGAGAGCCUGAGGACAGAGUGGAACAUCUGUCGCGGUACUACGGUGCUUCGAUAGCCGACAUCACCGCGGGGCUUUCCCUCGCGCGGGCGCGUGGCUACCCGACGGCAAUAAGAGCGCUCACGCUCUCUAUUGUGCACACAAACGCCACCGUUCACACGGUGCAAGAGCCCUCUUUUUCUGCGAGCUUGCUCGGGUGCCGGCUGUGA